GAUCAGCUCACACCAGAGGCAGCAACCACCAUAAUCAUGUGCUUACGGCACUAUGAGGAACACCCAAGAAUGUACACAAUGGUCUGAGUUUAUGACAGCAUGUGGUUGUCACGUGGUCACUUUAAUUAGGACACGACAGACGCCUACAGUUGAGGUCUAGUCUCGAAUAACAAGCCACCGGCCAGGUACAUAAUUACAGGGAUUGUGUGUACCCGCUUGGAGAAUUCUUAUAUUCACUGAUAAACACUCUGUAAAGUUGAAUGUCAGUUAAUUUUCGUGUUUAUUUUAGAGUAUUAACAGUUCAUUGCUUUGCUCUAACCUGUAUUGAGCAGGUUGCCCUUGACAUAAAUGAUAUGAACAAUCAGUAACAGUUUUUAAGCUUCUGUGUCCUCACAGCUCACAUUGGGUCUGGAGUUGGCCGGGCUUCCAUUAUCUGUUCUUGUUGUUGUCCUUGUAUUGCCAAACCACCAGAGAUUGAAUCUCAUUGUGUUUCUCACCAAACAGUUGUUUAUCCGUUGUUCUACCUUAACACAUUGUCAUCCUUGAAGACGUAAAAGUAGGGGCAGAUAAUUACGCCCUGCGAUUAACAGAUUGUAAGUAAGGUACCUUGUUUUGUGAGAAAAUACAAUGACGUCAUGUGAAUAACGUCAUGAGGUGAUGACGUCGUGAUAGACUGAGAGUAGAAGAGGAGAAACACUGAAGACACACAACUAGGACAGGUGACAGGGGAGUCAGUGUCGGUCAACUUCAGGGGACUUGUUCCCAGGGGAGACAAUUACAAGCUGUGCAGCGGGACAUGAGGUCAAGUCGGAGAGAGUUGCGUUGUUGCACUGUCUUAUCAACAAAAACCUAACUGAAUCAUAACCAGGGUCUUCCAGACAGAAAAUGACUUUUCUCUCCAGACCACGAACACGAUGUCCACGCGCCACCCACACCACGUCCUCGAUGUCAUCAUCCUUCAUCACUGGGAUACCCCUCCGUCCAGUCCCGUCACAACACCUGAGUUGUAACUUUCCAAGUUUCCAACUUGUCUUUUCUCUAAAAGAUCACAGAGAAAGUAGGUUUAACACAGCUCUGGACCCACUUACAAGAGCACCAUCUCAUUCCCCAUGCUCAGUCAACAUACAGACCUUUUCACAGAACUGAAACUACUUGAAUUAAAGUGACCACCCACAUAUUAUCUGCCCUUGACAGUCGUGAUGUUUUAACUUUUAACGGAUUUGAAAUUGCUGGCGUAAGAGCCAGACAUACAGAGACACAGAAAUCAGUGUGAGUUUGAGCUAGUGUUUCUUUUCCCUUCCGUGUAUUUCACACUAACGAGUGCCGUUACAUCCUCCUUAAACACUAAGUAGUUGUUUGUUCACAACUGCUAAUGUCAGGACGACAUCGUGAAUGUUGGGUGCGUAUGAGAGGAUCGUUGACAACUUUCUCUUCCGCACCAGUGGAUCCAGACUCAGGGUCAGGUCGUGUCGUUUAUAUCGUGCUACACUGCUCCUUGCUGUCAACAACUUGUCACAGGUGGCGAGGGGAGGAUCGUUAUACGUCAUCGCCGAUGAAACUAAGCAUGAUAACAUAAUCUGCUUCAUUCAGCGAACAGCUUACAUUGAGUUUCCUGCAGACGACAGACGAUGCUCCCCACAGACUGGGUCCUGUUGAGGGCAGACGACUGUUACCUGUCUGCUUACCUGUUGUGAGAGAGGACAGUCGCUGUAGCUGCUGAAGAGAAUGGGCAAACACAAAAAGAAGGCGGCUGUUGGUACAGGAGCUUUAGGGAAAGUCAAAGUUUACCUGCACCACGUGACUGAUGCUGAGGCUGCUUGUCUUACGGACCCAGGUAACGCGCGCCGACUCCAGGAGGUCAGGACUCGGUCAGGUGCUGAUGUACAGGUUGACCCCAACCCAUCAUCCGUACCUGACAGGAAGACUGUCAUCAUAAAGGGUGACCUUACACAAUUCAACAAUGCUGUCAGGCUCCUCAAUCAGAUAACUGGAUCGCAGGAAGAUGUUUUACAGCGAGCACAGGAGUUUUGGUUACAAUGGGUUGAGGCCGCCUUCCCUGGCGUAGACUCACAGGCCUACUUCCUGCCUCCUGUCUACAUCAACCGCGUGCCCAUGACUAGACAGACCAUUGCUGGUCAGGAUAUUCUUGUCCUUCACAAACCAUCUGGACAGGCCGGUCAGUCCUGCAAAGUAUCGGUGAAUCCAUCUCCCGCUGUUCAAAGUUCCAUUCCUCAACCUACUUCAGUUCAGGACAGUGAUGUUAGAGAUGAUGCAGCCAUGCAGCGCAUUUUCCUUUGUCUGCAGAAAAUGUCGCAACAGAACAGUGAAGUGUUUGUGUCAAUGAGUCAACUUCAGUUCGGGCAGUACCUGGGAGAACCUUGUUAUGCUGCUGCAGCAGCCCAGGUGCCCUUAGCUAGAAGUCUUCCCCCUUGUCUGCCGAAAAAACUGGGACAAGGGCGACUUUGAUGUGCUUCUUAUUCACAGGGAGUACGGUUUUGUGGUCUGUGAGGUGAAGGCUGUUGGUGACAACGUAAGAGAGCUUGGUCUGUCACAGCAGGAUAUGGAAAACAACAUCCGAAAGAAACUAAAACAGGCCAUCGUUCAACUGGACAAGGCGGAGGCCAUGUUGUCUCACAUGGUGUCCGACAUCGCUUCCGGUCUACGCAUCACCAAGAUCAUCGCUGUCCCUAACCUCACGGCUCAUCAGGUAGAGCAGGCAAUCGCUGGUGACAAACAACUCACUCAGGACCUGUGUCGCUGCCUUGGAAAACCACAAACAACAGAUGCCGCCGGCGCGGUUGGUCUUUGUUUGACCUCUGAUCAGUUGUCUGACCCCAAGACACCGUGGGACGUCAGUAGUCACGUGCUGGGGGAACUCGGACACUGGUGGCAGCGACGUGUGGCUGAUGCUGGACCUGACAGUCACAUGACACUUGAUGUUUACCGGACAUUAAUAGCAAGGUUCUGUGGUCCGGCGACAACAGUGACUGUGCCAUGCACAUGUCCUCCACGUGUGAGUGUCA